AUGGAACGCGCGCCCGCGACGGGCGAGACCGCGCGCGAUGUCCAUCGCGUCCCCGAGCGCCCGCGCGCCGUCGUCGUCGCCCUGAUCACGCUCACCUCGCUGUUUCUGUACGCCGAUCAGAAUCUGAUCGCACCGAACAUGAGCGCGAUCGCGCGCGACUUUAACAUGUCCGACGAGGAGAAGGAUGUCAAGCUCGGCGGGUUGCUGCAGUUGGCCUUCUUCGUCGUCGGUUCCCCGGCGUCGCUCGUCGUCGGAUACUACGCCGAUCGCGCGGCGAGGGUGCGAUUAUUCUUUUGGACGACGCUCAUCGGCGAAGGGCCGUGUUUGGCGACGUAUUGGGUGAAGACGUAUUGGCAGUUAUUCGCCUUGCGGGCGUGCACGGGCGUCGCCGUCGGCGGAUGUCUGCCGCUGUUGUUCUCGCUGUGCGGCGAUCUCUUCUCGGCGAGCGAGCGGAGUUACGUCGCGAGUUUCUUGACGAUCGCUACCGGGGCCGGAAUCGCGCUCGGUCAGCUCAUAUCAGGGACGGUGGGACCCGCGUACGGAUGGCGACUGCCGUUCAUACUCACAUCCGUGCCGGCGAUAUUUUUCGCGACGGUGAUGCUGUUAUACGUCGAUGAACCGAAACGAGGAGCUCAGGAAGAGGAGGUGCACAGGAGAUCGAUCCGUCGACCGCCAGCGUCGUCCGAGGCGACGACGACGACGGCUCAGUCAUCACCGGACGCUCGCGAAGACGGUCCGGUGGAGGAUUUGAACGUCUCUUACAACGCGAAGAUGAACUGGAAAAAGGCGAGGAGGCAACUGCGAGUGAAGACAAAUCUUUUGGUCUUCGCGCAAGGGUUGCCGGGUACGGUUCCGUGGGGGGUGUUCAACGCGUACUUUGUAGAUUUUUUACACAAGCAAAAGGGAAUGUCGGUGCAGGAGGCGACCGGCGCGGUCACCGUGUUCGGCGUGGGCUCAGCCAUCGGCACCAUCAUUGGCGGUGUCGUCGGCCAGCGCGUGUACAACAGACGUAAAUCGACGCUUCCCGUGCUCAUGGGAACGACGACGGCGAUCGGCGCCCUGCCGGCGUACUACUUUUUGAACGUCAACGACUACGGUCCGCAAAGAGCCGGUCUGUACUGCACCUGCUUCAUCGCGGGAAUUUUUUCAUCGUUCACGCCUCCGAACGUUCGAGCGAUUUUGCUCAAUGUGAACCCGCCUGAGACUCGCGGCAGCGUGUUUGGCUUUUAUUCCCAAAUCGACGACGUCGGUAAAGGCGCGGGACCAGCCCUCGUGGCCGUGUUCAUCCUCAGCAUGGGCAGACGAGUCGCCUUUAAUUUGGCGUUUAGUUUUUGGUUCCUGUGCGCCGUGUUGUUGGCGUGCAUCGCGUUCACGAUCGAUAGCGACGUCGAGCAGGAACAAAGAGACGUGCUCGAGGGAUUGAACGAGGAAGCGGACGAGGAAGCGGACGAGAAGCGAGACGGCGAUGGACUGAGUAGUUUGUAG